CAAAAGGUUACAGGAAGAAAGUACAAAUUAUACAUAUACUAUAAUUGGGAUUUUUCUGAAGCACUCAAAUGCUUGAGAACCCAUUUCAAGAACUCAUCUCCCUGCUCUUUAAUGGCGACCCUCUUCCACUUUCCUGCAUUUGUAUCCUUUCAUCCUCACAAAAACUUAUCCUUCAGUCCACCUUUCAAGAUUUACAGUUACCCAACUUCCCAAAUUUCCACAAUCAGUGCUUCUUUAAGCAAAAAGCCCAGGGUGAGGAAGAAGGUGAGAAGUGACGAAGAUCUGUGCAGUGAUAUUAGAGAAUUUAUGUCAGAGUUUAGGUUUCCGCAGGAUCAUUUGCCAUCAUUCAAGGAGCUUUCAGAGCAUGGAAGGCAAGACCUGGCAUAUAUUGUGAGACGGAGAGGAUAUAAAUUUAUUAAAGAACUUCUUGCAACGUCUGUAAACAUGAAAACUGUAGAGAAUGAUUUGGCUGGAAAAGUUGAUAUUGGUGCAGCAGUAAACACGAACCAGCAGGAUGAAGUGGACGAUUCCGUUGAAGCUGUGAACUUGUCAAGUAAAUUUCCAAUUACAGAAGAUGGUUCUGAUGGCAUAACCUAUGGUAGCGAGUUCCACAUGGAUAGAAAAGGUUUCACUUCAGUAGAAUCAUCUAAUGAAUCAUCGUUGCAGGAACAAGUAGCAAAUUUUAUCCAGAAUGGAGAACUAAGCAUGAUUGAAGAUAGUGAUUUAAGUGUUGCUGAAGGCCAGACAGUUUUUGAAUCUGAGGAUACUACAGAAGAAUUGAGUUCUAAUCAAACUGAUGCUGCUAAGACAUUGGAUACAGACAAUGAGUCAUUGUCCCAGCAGGUUGAGACUUCAUCCUCCGAAUCUAGUAGAAGGAAGGAUUUUUUUCCUACUGAUGAUGGUCUAUCAAGUGCUGAUCACAGUGACAAUUCGGACAUUGAGACCAGAAAAAAGGAGAAUGAAGUUGAGAUUAGCCGUCUCAAGUUCAUACUGCAUCAGAAGGAGUUAGAGUUGUCUGAGUUAAAGCAACAUAUUGAGAAGGAAAAGCUUGCACUGUCUUUAUUGCAAAACCGAGCAGAAACAGAGAUAAGCACAGCACAAAAGCUUGUUUCAGACAAAGAUGCAGAGCUACAGGCAGCGGAACAAGCCCUUUCUGGACUACAGGAGGUUCAAAUUCAGUACGAAGGUCCUGGUGAGUCGGUGGAGGUUGCAGGUAGCUUCAAUGGAUGGCAUCAAAGGAUUAAAAUGGACCCACAACCAUCAUCAACUCCAAAUAUUGUGGAUGUGAUGAGAAGAAGGAGUUUCACACUUUGGAGAACAGUAUUGUGGCUUUAUCCAGGAACUUAUGAGAUCAAAUUUAUUGUUGAUGGGCACUGGAAGACUGAUCCUGAGAGGGAGUCUGUUACCAGAGGAACAAUACACAACAACAUUCUCCGGGUCAAUUAGAAAUACAGCUCUAGCUAGCACUAUUAGCGCAUUAGGACCCGCAUACCAGCUCUUCACUCAAGAUGGAGGCUGGCAGUAGAUUACCAGUUAAUAGCUAGUCGUCAGGCAAGGAAAAUAAAGAAGCAGGAUCAGGAAUCAGGCAGUUGUUGAAUUCACAAUGCCAUCUUGAAUAGUUAAUACUUAGGUCUAGGUUAGUUUUGUCCUUUCAAGUAUUCUACCAUGUUGUUCAGUGUAUAUUUAGUUAUUUUCCUAUCAUUAUCUGAGCUUAAGCAAGGAUCAUCUGUAACAAAGCAAUGCUUCUGUUUAAACACAAAACCAAAAUUGCAACCUCUAGAAUGCAGUGUUGUAACAAUUGUCCGUAAAAAUGCUUCAAAUUCAAGUCUAGCUGCAGCUCUGUUUAUA